AUGAACAUCGUCAAAAUACUCACCCAACUCCAAAGUGUCCCUCUUAAGGCCGUCGAUGUUACGGCCCAUCCAGCGGUCUUGGGAUUCGCGCUGACUCAUGGAAGGAAGAAGCGAUGUCCGCUCCUAUUUUCGGAUGGAGUCUGUUUGGGAUCUCACGACGAGUUAUUGCAACUCUACCAAAGCGGUGCCUUGGCGAGGCAGAUUGCCGGCCAGCUCCCUCCUACAACUCCUUACUUCCCGGUCGAGCUGCCCAUUGCACUGUACUGA